AUGAAACAUUUCGCUGCUCUCCUUCUUCUAUCUAUUGAAUAUUCUUCGUGUGCAUUAUAUGUCGAUUUAACGCAUACACUCUCAAAUAAAACUUCGUAUUUUCCAACUCAAACACGUUUUAAUUUUACUGAACAAACAGCAACAUGGGUAAAUGGUAAUUAUUUUUACGCAUCCAACACAUUUCAAACAUCAGAACAUAUUGGUACUCAUCUUGACGCACCAUAUCAUUUUUCAAAUACAUCAUGGACAAUUGAUCAGAUACCUAUUGAACGUUUAAUAUCUAUUGAUAGUUUAAUUAUUGAUGUUAGAAAACAAUGUAAACAAAAUAAAAAUUAUGAAAUAACAGUUGAAGAUAUUAAACAAUAUGAACCAAUUAAUUUGAAUAAAUAUUUUAUUAUUUUAUUUUAUACGGGAUGGGAUGUAUAUUAUUCGAAUCAAUCAAUGUAUAGCGGUCGUAUUUCGAACGACAAUAGUCCAGAUGGUCUGCAAUUUCCUGGUCUUAGUGUUAAAGCGGCUGAUUACCUUGUAAAGAAAUAUCAUCAAAAAUUAGUGGGUGUUGGUAUCGAUACAUUAUCAAUUGAUGCUGGUCAAUCAAAACAAUUCGAUGUACAUCAAAUAUUAUUAAAAAAUAAUAUUUAUGGAUUAGAAAAUGUUGCAUCAUUAGGCACUGUUUUAAAAGAAUUAUCUCAACCAACAGCGUAUUUUAUUUUACACGUAUUACCCAUUAAAAUAGAAAAGGGGACUGGAGCACAAUGUCGAAUUGUAGCCGUUAUUCAAGACAAAAUUUCUAAUGGAACUGUUCAAUAA